AUGAGCGCGCCAUACCGUUCCCGCUUACAGGCCCGAAUGGAGGAGGCUAAGCACAUGAAGGAGGAGGAAAAACAAUACAGGUACAAUGGGAUCCUUUACCCAACCAUCAUGUGCCCACCGGAGAACCUGAAAGCUCUAGAGAGUAUGGAAGCAAGGGAAGAUGAUGUAAUGUUAGUAGCCUAUCCAAAAUGUGGAUUUAAUUGGAUGGUAGGUGUGAUGCGGAAAAUAAUGGCUGCUGCCGCUGGGAAGACAGAAGAAUCUAAAAUGCCUCCUAUAAUUGAGUUCUUCACUCCUGAAAUGCAAAAGGUAUUAAGUGAGGCUCCUUCUCCACGAUUCCUUGGAACACACUUGCAUCCUACCAACAUUCCUGGCUCUUUCACCGCAAAGAAGUCUAAGAUGCUGGUUGUAUUUCGAAACCCAAAGGACACUGCCGUUUCUUUCUACCACUUCUCCAACAAGAACCCUGGCCUCCCAACACCCGAAUCCUGGGACAAGUUUUACUCAGAAUUCAUGAGUGGGGAUGUGAUUUGGGGUUCUUACUUUGAUCAUGCCCUGGCUUGGGAAAAGCGCAUAAAUGACCCCGAUGUGAUGAUUGUUACCUAUGAAUACCUGAAGGAGAACCUGAGUGAAGGGGUACGACAGGUGUCCAAAUUCUUCAAUUUCACUCUGAGUGAAGAACAAAUCCUGACCAUCGCUCGUGACAGCACUUUUAAUGCCAUGAAGGAGAGCUCCAAGGGCUCACACGGUCAAAUGAGUGAUGUCUUCUUUAGGAAAGGAGAAGUGGGUGACUGGAAAAACCACUUCAGCGAGGCUCAAAGCAAGGAGAUGGACGAUGAGUUUGAGAAGCGACUGGCGGGAACGAAGCUGGCAGCGAAGCUGAAGUACAAUCUGUACUGCAAAUAG